GAGGAUAGUACCGAUCCUGAGUCUCAGGAAGAGAAGCGGAGAAACCGAUGGCUGGCUGAGCCUGCAGACGGUUACAAUACAGUGAAGAGCGUUCUCACUGUACAGGAAUAUUUCGCCAAGCGCAUGGCAAAACUGAAGGGAUCCCAGAAUGAAACAGAAACAAAGGUAGACAAUUCCUGCCCAACAGCUGACGAAGCUUUGGAGGCUUCAGAAGGACUGAAAACCAAAGUCAAAAAGAAAAAGAAGAAGCAGAAGAAAAAUGAGGCAAAGAGUACAGAGCAUUGUGAGAAACCAAAAGUGAAACAAUCUAAGAUAGGUAGCUUGAAUGGUAAGGAACUGGAGGCUCCAUUAAACGAGUGUCACUCAGGGAAAAAGAAAAGGAAACAUAAAGAGCAGCAUGAAGGGGAAAGCGUCAGUUGUGAUGAAAAUCUGGGCAAUGGAGAAACUUAUACAGGAAUAUCUGAUGGGGAAGAUCUCAGCGUAAAGGACUCUGAAGAAAAGCAAAAGAAAUGCCGUAAGAAGAAACACAAAAGGCAGAAAGAGGAGACAGAUGAGUGUAUCGAAGGAGAACAGAGAAAGAAAAAGAAGCACUCCAAGCACCUUUAA